AUGGAGUUCCCCACUUUUCCUCCCGAGGCUCUCGGUGAUUUUAGCGAGCGCUUCUCGGUCUCCAUAACUCCUUUCAACGUUACGUUCUCCGAGGAUCGUGUGCCUUCAAGUAGUAAUGAGACCAACCGGGCUGCGAGCAGGGACACUUCAAGUCUCAUCAUCGCCGUCUGUAUCACGGCUCUCUACUCUCUCAUCUGUGUGGUGGGACUGCUGGGAAACGUGCUUGUAAUGUACGGGGUGGUCAGAUACACCAAGAUGAAGACCGCCACCAACAUCUACAUCUUCAACCUGGCUUUCGCCGACGCUCUUGCCACCAGCACCCUCCCCUUCCAGAGCGCCAAGUACUUGAUGAGCACAUGGCCCUUUGGGGAGCCAUUGUGCAAAGUGGUCAUCGCCAUUGACUACUACAACAUGUUCACCAGCAUCUUCACACUCACCAUGAUGAGCGUGGACCGCUACAUCGCUGUUUGUCAUCCGGUCAGGGCCCUGGACUUCCGCACGCCUGCCAAAGCCAAACUCAUCAACGUCUGCAUCUGGAUCCUCUCCUCUGCUGUCGGAGUCCCUGUGAUGAUCAUGGCCGUUACCAAGGUGACAGAUAAAGGAAACACCGCCUGCGUACUCAGAUUCCCCAAACCUGAGUGGUACUGGGACACAGUGAUGAAAAUCUGCGUGUUCAUCUUCGCCUUUGUGGUUCCUGUCCUGGUCAUCACCAUCUGCUACGGUCUGAUGAUCCUGCGGCUCAAGAGUGUUCGCCUGCUGUCUGGCUCCAAAGAGAAGGAUCGGAACCUACGACGGAUCACCCGCAUGGUCCUGGUGGUUGUGGCGGCCUUCAUCAUCUGCUGGACUCCCAUCCACAUCUUCAUCAUCGUCAAGACCAUGGUGGUUAUUGAUCACAAGAACCUUCUGGUGGUGGCCAGCUGGCAUCUGUGCAUCGCGCUGGGCUACACCAACAGCAGCCUCAACCCUGUGCUGUACGCCUUCUUGGAUGAGAACUUCAAACGGUGCUUCAGGGAUUUCUGCCUGCCCUAUCGCUCGCGCCUGGAGCAGACCAGCUUCUCUAGAGCGCGUAACAGCACGCGGGAGCCUGUGUCUGUUUGUGCUCCUGCGCCAACAGAGAGACCGCCAGCCUGACUAGGCAUGGAUCAGUGGGAGGGGAGAACAGUUCAGGAUGACCUCCAGACUGAGGUCACACAGUUCUCCACCACAGGAGUCUGAGUCUGCAGAUGUAUUGAUCUACCAUUCAUGUAAAUGAUCGAUUGUGUUUUUGGCUUUAUAUAAUGAAACUCCUUUGUCCCAAUAGGUUCGUGAGACACUGUUCUUUGAGGAUUGUCUUUCAGGAUGAUCACAAACACGCCUGUGUGUGCCUGUGCAUUAGGAAAUUUAAGUGUAAACACACGUGUAUAAAGCACAAGCAUAAUGCAACCAUAUGAACAAACACUCAGUCAGAAAGUAUUGGGACCAUGUUAUGUUUUCAGAACAAUAAGAAAAAUGGGGGUUAAAGUGCUGACUUUGUGCUUUAAGGGGGUUUGUAGGUCUUCACAUCCAUAUUAGGUGAACAAUGUAGGACUCAUAGCCCUGUGCUUACACAAUCCCACAAUGAACAGAUUGUCAGGUGGGACAUCGAUCCUAAACACACAGACAAGGCCACCAAGGAGUCUUUUUAUGGCCAGGAAGUGGCCGAUGUACAUGCUUGGCCGAGUUGGUCACUUGACCUCAGUCCAACCUAUCAUGGGUUUCAUUUGAUGAAGACCAGACUGACACGGAAAAUCCCCUGUAGCAGGAAGAAAGGAUGAUGGCUGCAGCACAGCCUUGGCAGAGCGUCAACAAGCAGGA